GCUGCUGUCGUCGCCGCGGCGCUUGCCGGGCAAGCCUUUGCGGAAAUCCACCGCAUGAAGCUGCAGAAGGUGCCGCUGUCAGAGCAACUCGAGAAUGCCAACAUUGACGACCAUAUGCGCGCGCUCGGCCAGAAGUACAUGGGCAUCCGACCGCAGCGCAACAUGGAAGAGAUGUUCAAGGAGACGUCCAUCAAGCCGGAGAAGAAUCACCCAGUCGCUGUCAGCAACUUCUUGAACGCUCAGUAUUUCUCUGACAUCUCCAUCGGAACGCCACCGCAAGACUUCAAGGUCGUGCUAGACACCGGCAGCUCCAACUUGUGGGUGCCCAGCCAAGAUUGCGGCUCCAUCGCUUGCUACUUGCACUCCAAGUACGACCACAGUGACUCAAGCACCUACAAGAAGAACGGCUCGGACUUCCAGAUUCGAUACGGUUCGGGUGAGCUUGAAGGCUACAUCAGCCAGGAUACCGUACGCAUUGGCGACUUGUCAAUCAAGAACCAACUCUUUGCCGAGGCGACUUCCGAGCCCGGACUUGCGUUCGCCUUUGGCCGUUUCGACGGCAUCAUGGGUCUCGGUUAUGACACCAUCUCCGUCAACCACAUUGUGCCUCCUUUCUACAACAUGAUCAACCAGGGUCUGAUCGACGAGCAGGUCUUUGCUUUCUACCUCAGCGACACCAACAAGGGUGAUGAGUCCGAGGCCACCUUUGGCGGUAUCGAUGAAUCUCACUACGAGGGUAAGAUGACCAAGAUCCCUCUCCGCCGGAAGGCCUACUGGGAGGUGGACCUCGACGCCAUCACCUUUGGCGAUCAGACUGCUGAGAUCGACUCCACUGGUGCUAUCCUCGACACUGGCACCUCUCUCAUUGCUCUGCCGACCACUCUUGCUGAGCUCCUGAACCGCGAGAUCGGCGCCAAGAAGUCAUACAAUGGACAGUACACCAUCGAGUGCAACAAGCGGGACUCUCUGCCGGACCUGACGUUCACACUUACUGGGUACAACUUCACGAUCGGUCCGUACGACUAUAUUCUUGAGGUGCAAGGCAGCUGCAUCAGUUCUUUUAUGGGCUUCGACAUUCCGGAGCCGGCUGGACCGCUUGCCAUCCUUGGUGACGCCUUUUUGAGAAAGUGGUACUCAGUCUACGACCUUGGCAACAACGCUGUCGGUCUUGCCAAGGCGAAGUAGAUCUCUCACGAACGAUGCAUAUAAGGUGGAAUCUGUCAGCAUGGUGUCAUAGCCUAGCUACUGCGAUGCCACCGCGCAUGCUUGCGAAGCGCUUACAUCAGACAUGCGCAGUGUCCGGUGAGGAGAAUGAUGUCAGCCGCUUUCGGGAAGUGUAUUGCGUAUUAAAGUAAUGGCUCCUGUGCCUUUAUAGGGUCCGUC